GUGAUUGCAUUGAGAUUAACAGAAUGAGUCAUGGGGCGCCCUGCGAAAGUGAAGAGCACGGAAGUGAUCCCACUUCUCGUAAAGAACAUGGAUAUUUUCAAGACUAACGACUUCCCAUCAACGACAGAUAAGAUUUGGACCAACCUAAGUGAGGCGCUGGGCAAGCGAUGGCUGCCCCAUUCGUGGUACACCCAUGUGACUGAGGAUAAAAAAGGGGAUCUGACAGCUGCUCGCCAACAAUAUGGUAUCUCCACACCAUCUCCAAGAACUGUAGAAAAAACUGUAGAAAAAAAAGAUGUCAGUGCUUCUGAGCUGUUCAGUGAUGAUUCAAAAGUUCAAAACUUGGAAUCUUCGUUCAAAGAUGAAGAAAUGGAUCCUAACUUGGAGGAAUUUCACGUGUUCUUAGCAUCUGCAGCCUGGGAUAAAAUGAAGCCCGAUAACACUUCAGAAUCAACGACAAGGCGAUUGAAGGCAGGAAUGUGGGUCAAUCCAAUCGCAAAUGCAUUUUAUCUUAGAUAUAACAUGCCCUGUGCACUCAUCGGUGAGUGGUCCCAGGUGAAGACCGACGAGGAUGGGUCAGUUCACUUGAAAUUCCAACCAAAAUGUAAGAGUAAAAAAUGUAGCAAUGUGUUCUUCGGAACGGCUAAGCAUUCCGGGACAGGAGGUCUCAACCUGGAUAUCAGAGCUCGUGACACUCGUCAUGAAUCUCAUGAAGAUGUUAAACGUCCUUUGAAUGGUUUGGAGAGGGUUCAGGUUGGAGACAAUCUGGUAAAGCAGCAGCCAGAGAACUAUCGAAAGGAACUACUCCGAGAUAACAUGCACUUCGGUGAAUCCGUGCCACCAACGGUCAGGCGAGGAUAUAUUUAUCGUCAAGCCAAAGCAGAGGCAGUCAAACGUGCUUAUUGUUACAUCGUAACCCGUUCAAAUCUACGCGCGCGCUGAAUGCUAGUUUUUAUCUAGUUCGCCACGCCACCGCUG